AUGGAUGAAGGGGAAAGACCAGGAACAGAAGAACAGAAGAAGAGGAGUCUAUUGUCCAGCUAUGUUCAGCAGCCAGCAUUGGCCAAGGAGCAAUCUGGCAUCAAUAUUGUUUCUAAGAGCAGAAAAAUAUACAUCAACAAGAGUGCAGAGAGUAAGGAUGGACUGCAGCCUGACCUGGAAGUGAUGAAUUGUUUGAACAUUCUUGAAACAUAUUGUUCUAAUUGGAAACUACUGGUCAAUGUUGAGAAGUCUAAAGUCCUUAUUUUUAAUUCAAAUGGUAAAUUUUGCAUCAAUGAGUUUACAUAUAAUGGAAGUGUUCUUCAAACAGUAUCAAAAUUUUGUUAUCUUGGAUUAACCUUGAAAUGUAAUGGAAAUCUGAACUUAGCUAUGUCAGUACUUAUGGAAAAGGCCAGAAAAGCCUAUUUUAAGAUUAAGAAAACCAUUGGUUUGGAUAAUCCAUGUAAACUUUUGGAAAAACUCUUUGACUCAAUUAUAACACCAGUUCUUCUUUAUUGCUGUGAGAUCUGGGGUAUUUAUAAUAACAUUGGUGAAAAUUCUAUAGUUGAAAAAUUUCACAUGAAGUUUAUUAAGGAAAUUUUAGGAGUACAUUAUAAAACUACUAAUGCUCCCAGCAGAGCAGAUUUAGGUAGACAUCCCCUGUGGACAAGAAUACAUUUUUCAAGUAUAAAAUUUUGGAACCAUCUUAUUACUUUCAAGAAUACUUUAGUAUUUAAAAUCUAUAAAGCAACAGUCAAAACAAACUCAUGGACAAAAAAUAUUUUUUCAAUUUUCAAUAAGUUAGGAUUUUCAUUCAUUACCAAAAAAGAAAAUUCAAUAAAAUCACUUCUGAGAAACAUAAAACAAAGAAUAUCAGAUCAAUGCUUACAAGAGGAAUAUGCAAAGAUUCAUAAAUCAUCAAAACUAAAAUUUUAUCAAGUUGUUUUUAAUAAUUUCAAAUGCUGUGGAUACACUGAUAUAUUAAAAAAGAGAACAGAGAGAUCAAUUAUUAGCAGGUUGAGACUUAGUGCACAUAACCUUGCCAUAGAAAAAGGGAGACAUUUGUCUAUACCCACAGAUAAAAGAUUUUGUAAUAUUUGCAACACAGGGGAGAUUGAAGAUGAAUUUCAUUUUCUAUUCAGCUGCCAUAAAUACAAUAAUCAUAGGUUAACUUUUGAAAGGAACUUGAUGAAUUUUUUUCAAGGAAAAAUGUCAAAUAUGUCUUAUACUCAAAAAGUUAAGCUUUGCUUUAAUAGCCAUUGUCCAGAAAUACUGAAAAUAACACACUCACUUAUUAAAAAA